AUGGGUGGUCUAGCCUCAUACCCGAUCGUGGUGGAAGAACUGUCCAAGAAGAAGAAAGACCCCAAGAAGUUGCUUGAGCUUGAUGUUUGGGUUAGUGAGACUCUUCCUGCUACGAUCAAAUCUCGAAGUGAUACGCACAUGUCAAAGGCUGAGAUCUCCAAAAUGACCACGUGGAAAUUAAUGAGAGGUAAAUUUAGGCCGCGGCUGCAAAAUCUUGUUGAUUCUAACGAUGAAAAGGAUAUUAUCGCGGCAACGAAGAAAGCGGCAUCAGUCUCUCUACCAGGGUCUACAAAGGAAGCAAUAACCGCCCUGACGACACUGAAAGGCAUCGGACCUGCUACCGCUAGUGCUGCGCUGUGCGCGUUGUCAAAUGGAAAUGUACCUUUCAUGUCUGAUGAGGCCGUGAUGGCAGUUCUGGGGCAAACAAAGAUAGACUAUAAUAUCAAGACCUAUAUGGAGUAUGCAGUACGAAUGGAUGCGAAAACUAAGGAGCUGAACACGCUGAUAUCAAAGCAAGACAGCACAUGGACCUCGCACAUGGUAGAGAAAGCAAUGUGGGCGACGGAGAACGCAAAGAAAAUGGGCGUGGAUAUUACUGGCGUCAAGGUGAGCAAAGACGGUGUCCAGCACCGCAAACCUGAAGAGGAAACACAAAUACUAUCGAAGGACCCGUCGCAAAUAGCCGCAGAAGACAAAACUGAGCCUACGCCAAAACAGGUGAAAGCACAAGGGAAAAAAAAUGAAGCAGUCAAACAAUCUGAAGCGAAGACAGAACAAUCACAGGUAGCACAGAAUUCAGCCUACCCCACGCGACGAACGUCUAAGCGCCAAUCAGAAGCUCAGUUGGCAGCUAAGGCCGCGAAGAAGGCAAAGCAGUAAAUCGAACAUGUAUCUUCAGAAGAACGGGCUUCUGGACGCUUUUAAUAAAGAUUUAGGAAUUUAGCUG